CUUUCUUCGGCUUUCGCAAAGCAAACAUCACUCGCGUCGUCGUCGUUUUCCGUGCGGAAAGAAGAACCUCUUAUCACAGUCAGGAAACUUGGAAGUCAUUUUCUCCAAUAUUGAAUCAACCGCGUUAAUUCGCAUUCAAAUUGAUAAAAGAACGGCGAGCUUGCGCUAACGAGGAUACACCAUAGCUGGAUUCGUAUGAUAAACUUAUUGCGCCGCCAGUUGCCCACGUCAGGAAGCCUUCGUAUUGUUCUCCAGCAGUGGGACUCCUCCCUCCCAGCGCAACACCAACAGCAGCAAAGGCAGCGACUGCUAAAAACGUUCGCUGCUUCAGCCGGUCCCACGAGCAAGUUCAGUCGAAUAGCGAUGCCCGAAGCGCAAGAAUGUGUGGCAGCUUUCCGUUAUCCGGAGGCUCGCCGGGACGACUCGGUGACGGACGAAAUUCACGGCGUCCGGAUUGCCGAUCCGUACCGAUGGCUGGAGGAUCCGGAUGCGGAGGAAACGCAAGCCUAUGUGGAGAAGCAAAAUGAAAUUUCCAAGCCUUUCCUGGACAGCUGUGAGGAGUGGAAGAAGCUGAACGAGAAGCUAACCAAACGAUGGAACUAUCCCAAGUAUUCGUGUCCCUUCAAGCACGGCAGUCGGUAUUUUUUCUUUAUGAACACCGGUUUGCAGAAUCAAGACGUUUUGUACGUCCAAAACUCGUUGGAGGGUGAACCUAAAGUAUUCCUAGACCCGAAUGCCCUAUCCAAAGACGGAACCAUCGCGCUGGUGGGAUCUCGAUUCUCCGACGAUGGCAAUCUGUUCGCGUACGGACUCAGCCAAAGUGGGUCCGACUGGACCAAGCUUAAGGUGCGGAACGUCAAUACCGGAGAGGAUUAUCCGGAAACGCUGGAACAUACCAAGUUCGUGACGGCAUCGUGGGCCAAGGAUAAUAAGGGGUUCUUCUACGCGCGGUAUCCCGUCGUGGAUGGCAAGGCCGAUGGUUCGGAAACGGCAGCCAACGAGAACCAGAAGCUGUAUUUCCAUCGUGUGGGAGAUUCUCAAGAUAAGGAUGUCCUCAUUGCCGAGUUUCCAGAGGAACCUUCGUGGAGAUUAAUGCCGGAGGUAUCGGACUGCGGUAAAUAUUUGAUGCUGUUCAUUAUGAAGGGAUGCAAAGAUAUGUUGCUGUACUUCAGCCAGCUGGGCUCAUCCGAUAACAUCACAGGGAAGUUGGACUUUGUGAAGGUGGUCACCGAGUUCGAUAGUGAUUACGAUUACAUUACCAACGAGGAUAGCGUAUUCUCGUUCCGCACCAAUAAGGGCGCUCCAAACUACCGGGUCGUCAACAUCGACUUUAAUAGCCCUGCCUUUGACAACUGGAAAACUCUGAUCGAGGAGCACCCGAAGAACGUAUUGGAUUGGUCUUCCUGCGUUAACAAAGACCGAGUCGUGCUCGGAUACAUCGACGAUGUAAAAUCGGUACUGCAGGUGCACAGUCUGCAGGAUGGUAGCUUCAUAUCGAAAUUCCCCCUGGAAAUUGGAACCGUUGUAGGAUUCAGCGGAAAGAAAAAGUAUACGGAAAUCUUCUUUCAUUUCGUGUCUUUCCUAACACCGGGCAUUAUUUAUCACUACGAUUUUGCCAAAGAAGAGGUCGAACCGAAGAUCUUCCGCCAGGUUAAGAUCGAAGACUUCGACAACAGCCUAUACAAGGUUGAUCAGGUCUUCUAUAAGGGCAAAGACGGCGAAACAAUUCCGAUGUUUGUGGUGCAGAGGAAGUCCGACAAGCAAGAAAAGAAACCGUGCCUUUUGUAUGGUUAUGGAGGAUUCAAUAUUUGUAUCCAACCAUCGUUCAGUAUUACGGGACUGGUGUUUAUCGAUUCGUUUGAUGGUAUUUUAGCUUAUCCGAACAUUCGUGGUGGCGGCGAAUAUGGUGAGAGGUGGCACAAUGCUGGACGGCUGUUGAAAAAGCAAAAUGUUUUCGAUGAUUUUCAAACGGCGGCGCAGUUCCUGGUGCAGGAAGGUUACACCAGCCACGAUCAGAUUGUAAUCCAAGGUGGUUCGAACGGAGGACUUCUAGUUGGUGCCUGUAUUAAUCAGCGUCCGGACCUGUUUGGAGCGGCAAUUGCUCAAGUUGGUGUGAUGGACAUGCUGCGCUUCCACAAGUUCACCAUCGGCCGGGCCUGGGUCUCCGACUACGGGGACAUCGACGAGAAGGAACACUUUGAUAAUCUGUACAACUACUCGCCCCUACACAACGUCCACACGCCAAAGUCCGAGAAGGAACAGUACCCGGCCACGCUGGUCCUGACGGCCGACCACGACGACCGGGUCAGCCCGCUGCACUCGCUCAAGUUCGUGGCCGCCUUGCAUCACGCCAUCAAAGACUCCGAGUUCCAGAAGAACCCCCUGCUGCUGCGCGUGUACAGCAAAGCUGGCCACGGCAUGGGCAAACCGACGGCCAAGAAGAUCGAGGAAGCGACCGACAUCCUGACGUUCAUGUACAGGACACUGAAACUGAAAUUGCAUGUCUAGCGUUCUGUGCGGACGUUUGGAGUCGGAACAGAUCGACUAAAUAAUUCUGAUUGUUAGCUUUUGUAUUGGCCAUCUUCUUUUUUGUUUUCUAUUUUUGUAUACCUAGUAGGAUAGUCAACGGUUUGUAUUCUUGUUUAAAUGACAUAGUCAUCGUCAGUAUCGGAUUGAAUGGAUGAAAAUGAAGAAAAUCAGGUUAUUUGUAGCUUUUAUAAUGCAUGAAAAAUAUUUGAAUAAAAAUUGCUUGAAUGAUGAAA